AUGGAAGAUCGUAAGCUCAAUGCCAUAUUCCUCCCACAUUUCGCUCCAAGCCAUAUCAUCCCAAUUGUUGACGUUGCCCGGCUAUUCGCUGGCCGCGGCGUCACCGUCACCAUCGUCACCACCCCAAACAAUGCCCUUCUCUUCCGAGACUCCGUCAACCACGACGCCGCCUUGGGCCACAAUAUGUUGAUUCACAUUAUCAAAUUACCCUCGGCCCAAGUCGGCCUUCCUGAAGGUAUCGAAAACUUCGGCCAGUGUACUACCCCAGAACUUUUGGAAAAACUCUACAACGCUGUCGCAUUGCUGCAGAAACCGUACGAAAAGUUCAUUCGCGAUAGUCGGCCUGACUGCAUCAUCUCCGACAUGUUCUUUCCUUGGAGUGUCGACCUCGCUGACGAGCUUCAAGUUCCCAGGGUCAUCUUCUACCCUUCCAAUAAUUUCUUUCACUCCGUUUCGCAUAGCUUGAGACUUUAUGCUCCUCACCAGGAGAUACAGUCUGACUCGGAGGAUUUCUUGAUUCCGGGUCUUCCCGAUGAGAUUCGCAUGGCGAGGUCUGAAUUACAGGACCAUGUCAAGGCCAAAACCAUGUACGGAGUUUUGAUUAACUUAAUCAAACAAACAGAGAGUCGCAGCUACGGUAUCAUUCUCAACACUUGCCAUGAUAUCGAGCCUGCUUAUUCGGAUCACUUCAAGAAGGUGUCCGGGAGAAAAUGUUGGAACUUGGGCCCUCUAUCUCUCUUUGCCGACAGAAACAAUGUUGGCAAAGAAAACAACUCCAGUACUGAAGAGAAACACAGUUGUUUGAGUUGGCUCGACACUCAAAAGCCCAACUCAGUCCUCUACGUUUGUUUCGGUAGCAUGGCACAAUUCUCCGACGCUCAACUCACCCAGAUGGCGUUAGCUUUCGAAGCUUCUGGGCACCCUUUUGUUUGGGUGGUGAGAAGGAAAGAGAAAAGUGAGGAAAAUCAAAAAGAAAGUUGGUUACCUGAAGGAUAUGAAGAAAGAAUGUUGAGAGAUAACAGGAGUCUGAUAAUAAUGGGUUGGGCACCACAGGUGCAGAUAUUGGAUCAUCAAGCUGUGGGAGGAUUCCUGAGCCACAGCGGUUGGAAUUCUCUCAUCGAGGGAUUCACCGCCGGUUUGCCAUUGAUCUCGUGGCCUUUGUUCGCCGAACAUUUCUACAAUUCGAAGCUAUUGACUCAGGUACUCAAGAUUGGAGUCGAAAUUGGGCCGAGGGUGUGGAAUUCUGGGAUAGAAAUCAAGAGCCCUUUGGUGGGAAAGGAUGAGUUUACCAAGGCUAUAACUUUUCACAUGGGUGGUUCACCGGAGGCUGUGGAGAUGAGGAGGCGUGCGGAGGAGAUUGGUAUUAAGGCUAAGCGAGCCACCGAAGAAGGUGGCUGUUCUUACUGUGAUCUGACUGCUUUGAUUGAUGAUCUCAAAGCUUGUGCGGUUGAUGCUAGAAUAUGA